AUGUCCUCUUCGGACGAUAUGCCUCUCGCAAAGGUGCAUGAUGGAGCAAUCUCCAACGAAACUAUCCCCAAAUCCGUCGAUAAAGCUAUGGACAAACAGCUUCCGGCUAAUGGCCAUGUCGAACCUGGAAUCUCGAUACGAAUGGGUCCAGUAGACGACAUGGAUAUCGAUGCGCCAAACGGUACCGCGAAUGGAAAGCGCAAGUCUCGCGGUAGCAUUCCUACUGCCAAUUACAAAGAACAGAGCGGCUCCGAAGAUGGGGACGACAAGCCACUGAGUAAGCGGCGAAGAACAUCUCAGCAAGCAAAGCCUGCGCAAGACAACUCCGACUCCGAACUCAGCGACGUACCUCUCAAGGCUCGGACACUUCCCAAGGCAUCUGCAGAGCAGAUUGGCGCGGACUCCGACUCUGAUAUGCCGUUGACCGCGAAGCUGGUGAAGAAGAAGGAGGCAAUUGAGAAGGCUGCGGCAAAGGAAGCCAAGGCAAUUCGCACAAAAGAGAAGGCCGCACCUAAACGUAAAACUAAGGUCGAGAGCGAGUCUGAUGACGAUAUUCCGCUUGCAAAGAAGAAGGCACCAGUGAGGAAAGCCAACGGCAUCAAGAAGGCAGAGUCUGAUUCUGACGCUCCACUUGCGAAGAAGCCAGCGGCGAGAAAGGCUCAGGCCAAGCCCAAGGCAGCUCCAGCGAAGAAAGGCAAGGCAAAGGUCAAGUCCGAAGAGGAAGAGCAACAAGACCGGGACGCAAACGAAGAAGAGGAGUACCGUUGGUGGGAGGCAGACACAGCGAAGGGUGACGGCACCAAGAAGUGGGACACUCUUGAGCACAACGGUGUCGUUUUCCCACCUGAUUACGAACCUCUGCCAAAGAACGUCAAGCUGGUGUAUGACGGAGUGCCAGUGUCUCUGCACCCAGAUGCUGAGGAAAUUGCUGGCUUCUACGGAGGCAUGCUCAACUCGACCCACAACAUCGAGAACCCAACAUUCAACAAAAACUUCUUUGAGGACUUCGUUGCUGUCCUCGACAAGACAGGACACGGUAAAGACAAGGAUGGCAAAACAGUCAAGAUCAAGAAGUUCGAAAAGUGCGACUUCAAGCCUAUCUUCGAACACUUUGAUGCCGAGCGUGCGAGGAAGAAGGCCCUUCCAGCUGCGGAGAAGAAAGCACUCAAGGCUGAGAAGGACGAAGCUGAAGAGAAGUACAUGUACUGCUUAUGGGAUGGGCGCAAGCAAAAGGUUGGAAACUUCCGCGUUGAACCGCCGAGUCUAUUCCGUGGGCGUGGCGAGCAUCCGAAGACCGGCCGUGUCAAGAAGCGCGUGGCGCCUGAGCAGAUCACCAUCAAUAUUGGCGAGGAUGCGCCCGUGCCCGAGCCACCGGCAGGCCACAGAUGGAAGGAAGUCAAGCACGAUCACGAAGGUACAUGGCUGGCCAUGUGGCAGGAGAACAUCAACGGUGCAUACAAGUACGUUAUGCUGGCUGCCAACUCCGAUAUCAAGGGUCAGAGUGAUUUCAAGAAGUUCGAGAAGGCCCGCGAACUGAAGAAGCACAUCGAUCAUAUCCGAGCGGAUUAUAGGAAAGAGCUCAAGUCUGAGAAGAUGGUUGACCGCCAACGUGCGACUGCCAUCUACUUGAUUGAUCAGUUCGCACUCCGUGCGGGUAACGAGAAGGGCGAAGACGAGGCGGACACAGUCGGCUGCUGUUCGCUGAAGUUCCAACACGUCACCUUGAAGCCUCCGAAUACGGUCAUCUUCGAUUUCCUUGGUAAAGACAGUAUUCGUUUCUACGACGAAGUAGAAGUCGAUACACAAGUGUUCAAGAACUUGAAGAUCUUCAAGAAAGAACCAAAGACUAGCGGCGACGACAUCUUCGACAGACUGACGACUUCGGCCCUGAACAAGCACUUGACAAGCUACAUGCCGGGUCUCACUGCGAAGGUCUUCCGUACUUACAACGCUUCGUACACCAUGGCUCGGCUGCUGAAAGAGAUGGAGGCCACAGGUACCAUUCAAGAGAAGGUCAAGGCAUAUAAUGAUGCCAACCGUGAGGUUGCCAUCCUGUGUAACCACAAGCGUACCGUCGCUGCUGGACACGCUGGUUCCAUCGAAAAGAUGCAAGAGAGAAUCAAUGGUCUUCGAUACCAGCUGUGGCGGACAAAGAUGAUGAUGAUCAACGUUGACCCAAAGAUCAAAAAGAAGAAGGGUGCCGAGUACUUCGAGCGCCCUGAGGACCUUGACAACGACUGGGUGAGGGCUCAUCAAGAGUCUGAAGUGGAAGCUGAACGCCAGAAGAUCACAAAGAAGUUCGAAAAGGAUAACGAAAAGAUGGCAGCAGAAGGUGAGAAGGAGAUGAAGCCUAAAGAGCUCGAGUCCCGUCUUGAGAAGGCCGAUGACCUAGCGGCCAAGUACAAGAAAGAGAACAAGACUGGCAAGGUCGAGGCUGAAGGCAAGGGACCAACGAUCGAAAAGCUGGAGGGUGCUGUCGACAAGUUAAACCAGCGCAUCGAGAACAUGAAGAUCCAGAUGGAGGACAAGGAGGGUAACAAGGAGGUUGCCCUGGGCACAUCCAAGAUCAACUACAUUGAUCCCCGCCUUACCGUGGUCUUCUCCAAGAAGUUCGACGUGCCUAUCGAGCGCUUCUUCUCGAAGACGCUUCGUGAGAAGUUCGACUGGGCAAUCAAGUCUGUCGAUGAAGACUGGGAGUUCUAG